UAGAAUACGCAGCAGACCUGCCCCCCGACGGCAUCUGUACGUUCAUCUUCUACGAGUCGGUCUACAAGAAGGGCCAACACCCGUUCGUCAACAGGACUCCGACGCCCGGGCCCUCUCCAGUUCGACAUCGACUUUGACCACUUCGCACAGCGCCAGUUCUUGUUUAUACAUACGCUGCUCGGUGUCUCCUUCGCCCUAGACAACGGAGACCUCAUGAGGGACUACCAGACGCCCGAGUUCCGACGAAACCUCGACUACACAUGGAACAAGACGAUCUACCAGUACGGCGUCGCAAGCAUGAGGCCCCCGCAGAUCACUACAAACGACAUUCGCGACGCGCUAACCUUCAUCAAGCACCUGGACACGUACUGGCGGACGAAGCCCAACUUCACGGGCAUCCAGCCAUCCACCGCCCUGGGCAUCCCGCUGCCCGAGAGCCAAUGGCCUGAUCUACUGGACAUGAUGCAGAAGUUCUUCACUCCGCACAUAUUCAUAGCCAUCAGCCACAUCUCCAUCGACGAUUACCGCUUGCCGGAAUGUCGCAUAAUGCCUACCUCCAUCUACGAAUUCCCACCAAACGUUACGGAUCGCUACUUCCAGUCCGUGAACGACUCUGGCUGGCUUCUUCAGAUGAUAUGGGACCGGGGAAUCCUGUCUGCGCUCUCCUUCUCAUUCACCAUGCGGGCGCGCUGGUACUGGCCGCGUAAUCCGGACCCCAACGUUGUCGCCAUCGGCAACUUCGGCCUGUUCAAUCCGUGCAGGGACGGAGGCGAGGUGCCGGACAUCAGCCCCGGCAAAGCUUGCAACGUGUCCUUCUGGGUUCGGAACAGCUCGAGGUACGACCCGACCUACUUUGUCAGAGUCGGAUACGACAAGAGCCUCGGACGUACGCUCGUGUUCGACCCGCUGACAGGCAUGCGGGUAAAGAUUUGCACGGCGAAGCGUAUCUUCUUGCGCGUAAACUUCACCGUGUCCGCGUACGACGUGGAGUACGACGUCUGGAGGUACAUCCACUUCAGGAACAGCCGGAAGUGCGACCACUUCAACGUCAACGCCACCAACGAGAGGACGCAGUUCCUCGAGAACAUUCGCGGAUUCCUCAACCGGAGUUACGUCACCGCCCCGGAUCUGCAGCGAGCCAAAGAAGGCGGCUACGAGGAGAUACCUCCAGCUGCGAUGAUCACCGCACGGGAGGACAUGGCAAACAACGGCCCGCAGAACAUCUUCAUCGGGCUGCAUCGGGGAUUCGGUGCCAUGCUGAUGUCCAGCGAUGUCCCAGAGUGUAUGCGUGGCCAGCACUGA